AUGAAGCCGACCGCAUGUCUUCGAGCGCUUCAGGCAGCUUCCCCAGGAGGCAUUGAUGUGGUUGUUCGCACAAUCCGUUCCGCUGCUCCAGGAGUGCCUAUAGAAGUCGAGUGUGACAACAUUGAACAGGCUUCAGAGGCGGCUAAUUCGGGCGCAGACAUUGUUGUCUUUAAUCAAGUCCCCCAGGAAAUCGACGCACGGGCUUCUCAGCUGAAAACAUCACAUCCAGAUAUUAGGAUCCAGCUGAGCGGUGAAAUUGAUGAGGCCAAUCUGAAAACGUAUGCUCUUCCUUGUGUGGACCUGCUGGCUACUUCCAAGUUAUCAAAUGGAUAUCCGCCUAUUAUGUUCCGUUUGACCUAUGGGAAUGAUUUGGCUAUUGAGGAAGAAUCCAAACUCAUUGAAUUCCCCGUAACCGAAUCUCCAGCAGCCGAGAUGAAACUGCAAUCACCAGUUGAUGUGACUGUCGAUGGCGUUGUUAGCUCAACAGAGUCCGCUCCCAAGAAGGCACGGUUAGGUGAUAGUCAGUCGGAUAGUCCGAAACCUUCCGGAAAUAAGCAAAACGGUACUCCAGCUCCCAACGCGAAUCAACCAGGCUCGCCUUCCAUCUCAGGUACAAAUACACCUAGAGAGCAAAGUCACAAGCGAUCGCAACGGAACCAGAGACCACAGCAUAAUACACCUCAAAGACAAAAUUUGCCUCGUACUCAGGCAGCUGGUGGAUUACAGCUUAUGCAAAUGGCAUCUCGAUUCAUGGCGCCAAACACACCUACAUCGCGCGCCCAGCUUAACUCCCCCCAACCAGGCUUCAAUUUGAACAGUCAGUUGCCGGGUGUGCUCGGUCAGCAAGCGCCCCCAAAUGUUGGGCUACGAAUUCCUGGUCAAUCUUUGCCUCAGCGAAUGAGUCCUGGCAUGUUGGGCACUGGUCCUAAUGUAAAUCCGGGGUUUUUGGGCAUACAAUCGCAGCAACAACCAAACGUAUCCCAACAGAACUGGCCAAUGAUGGCUGGUGGUGCUGCUCAAAUGAUGGGCGGUGUUGGCAUUGGGAUGAGGAUGGGCAGUCCUGGGCAGAUGCCGACCUGCAGAGACAGCAACAUCGAUGUUGAGACUGAUGUUUCACUGCCGUACAAACAUGAAGUUGAUCGAAUUAUAUUUAAAACCUCAGAGUGA